UAUUUUCUGUUCCUAUACACACAUUAAGAAGAUAUAUGAUCGUUGCACACAGACUUGGGAUGUCCAGUGGUGAUUUUGCUUUUUUAUGCAUUCAUGGAGAUUUAUAUACAUGGAAAGAAUUGAGUACCGAAGUUUUAUCAGACGAAGUAUGGCGUAAAAAUGACAAAGACGACCAAGGCGCAAGGCAAGCAUUUGAAUCUGUUUUACAUAUUAUCAUGCCUACGUUUGAAAGUGCUAAGUUAUCAGAGCAUUUUAAUCACCUAGUGAAUAAAAUGACGAAUUUAGAAAAUAACAACUGGAUCAAUCUGCCGCCUGUGUCAGAGCAUGAUGCAUACGCUCCAUACCUGUAUGACGCAACGCUAAUCUGGGCUAUAAUGGCGGAUAAGAUAUUGAAAGAAAACGAAGAUUCAUCAGACGGUGACAUCAUGAAAAAAAGAACUGUUAACUUUUAUCUAGAAGGUUUAACACAUUUGAUCAAAUUAGAUCCAGAUGGUGACAGAUUCUUGCAUUUUUCUAUGCUUGAUAUGCAAGAAAACGGGCGAUUUCAGAGAAUUAUUGAAAUUAAAUAUGACAUGUCAGGUGUUGUUUUAAAUACGACCGAAAGUGAUGAUAAGUUGGUUCGAUGGGCUAAUGGAAAAUACGGACUGCAUAAUGCUCCCCCUGAUAUGCCCGCAUGCGGAUUUGAAAAUGAUCAUUGUCCGGAAGAACGGUAUGCAUGGUAUAUAAUCGUGUUAUCUGUAUUUGGAAUAUGUCUCAUGUUAGCUGUUACUUCUUUUGUAUUAUUACGCUUUUUCCGUAAGUAUAAAAUGUCAAGACGUGGAAUAUAUCCAUUAAAACCUUUCAACAACAGUACUCACGAUCCACCAGCAACUACAGCAAUUGCAGAGUAAUAGUGACGAACCAAACAGAAACGCAUGCGUAUUGUACCAGAUGGAUACACAAGAAGCCGGGACGAAUUUCAGGAAUGAUAGACUUUUUAAUCGUCUCUAUAUCAAACAAUUUUGAAGAGAGGUGUUCUAUCUACUCUUUUUAGUUGAACAUAGCAAAGUAGUUUUUUGGAAAAAGAUAAAAAAACUGAAAGAAAAUCUUCUUCAAAAGACAUUUUUGAAAUGUAAACAACGUGAUGACAAAACUAUUCCCACACGUGUCAACAUCAACAUAUAGAAUGAAAUAAAAUAAUUAUGCAGAUUCUCAUUAGAAAUUAAUUUAGAACUUUUUUUGUGCGUACAUAAAAGACACGUUCGACGGACAAAUACUCUGAUUUGAUGAGAC